AUGGAAGCUUUUGACCGAAACUUCACCUUCUUCACCGUCCCUGCGGCCUUUGUUCUUCUUUUCAUACCAAAGCUCUACAGUUUCGCGCUCGGUGGCAGAUAUCUCAAUCCCGCGGACCCAAAGGCUUACCAGCCUUCCGUGCGGGACGCCGAUGAUCUGGAAUACAAAGCAAGCUGCCCCUCAACAACUACCUUUGACACCGAGAUGCUGACAGAAUGA